AGGAGGACAGCUGCACAGCCUUGACGGCUGAUUUGGCUUAAGGAGCAGUCACAGAUGUGGAAGAUGAAAAUCAUCAUGCCCUGUCUGAGGUGACCACAAGUGCCAGUAGUGAUGACGUCAGUGGUGGUUGGACUUAUGAGUGGAGUCUGGUGCGAAGCCUGAGUCCUGAGUGGGAACUUGAGAACUGUGACACUGACACACAAUCCAGCUCUUCAAAUCAGUGUGACUGUUCAGAAAGGAGCAGAUCCCUCAGCACAGAGAGGCUCUGUGGAGCUGAAAAGGAAAUGACUCGAUUGGAUCCGUCUCCCCCCAGAGGAACUGAAAGCUCUUGGAUGGAUGAAACAAGGAGUAGAGACAGGUCCCGCAGGGCUUCAGAGUCCAGAGGAGAAAGGGGAAAAGAGAGUGGCUACUUCUCCCCAGACAGAAGAGGUGAUGGUGCGCAGCAGAUGGAAGAGGACAACAAGCGUAAAUAUCGUUACUAUGAGAGGGGGCGUCCCCUCCCAAGCAACUAUGUUCCUGAGCCCAAAGCCUGUGUGCCCUACAGGAAUGUCAACCUUGGACUGCCCUCGCAGAGAAGAAACCCUGAAACAUAUAUGCUGGAAACCUGGAGAAGUGAAUCUCCACAGAGAUACACAUACCACUCCAACUUUAGACGAGGUGACUCACAGAGAAAUUCUCCAACACGUCACAGUUCUGUGAGUCCAGACCGCUACAAGCUGACUGAAUCUUCUGUAACACCACGGAGAGGGAGCGCCCUCAGCAGGAGUCAGGCUAGGCCUCACACUUCAUCUCAUGGCUCCUCUCAGCAUCUGUCUCGUGGUGCUUCAUGUCACACUUCAGGCAGGUCCAGUCCAAACCGCAGGAGGGGGUCUACAGUCUCACGAACAGCAUCACCCUCUAGAACCUCCAAUUCUCACAGACACACAGACUCUUUGCUUUCACAGAGUGGGGAAUAUGAAGCUCAAAAAGGUUACAGCCGAGAGUCAAGAAGUCCAUCCCAAGCUUCAAACAAGCACAGUUUGGAUUCUGAGAAGCUGUACAGAAAUCUGGAGUUUAUCUCCCGCCGUGGCUCCUCAGCUAUCCCGCAAAACUCAUAUGAAGGAUAUCAGGCAUCACCCCGAAUCAGAACAGCUGCCAGCAGUUUGGCUAACACUCAAACUCACAACAGUCGUGAAAUAUCACCAUCCAGGAAUGGCUACAGCCCUCACAGUCGUGCCUCACAAAGAGAGUCAGACUCCAGGGGCAGCAGACUGAGUCACUCCCAAGGUUCUUGGCAGGGGUCUUCACACUCUGUGCCGAGUCUUCCACCAUCACAUGGUUCAUCUUCCUCAAGGCGUGUCGCAGACCCUCAAGUCCUUGGUGGAUUGCUGUCACCUGUUGCUAUCAUAGAAACAGAUAAGGGCAGUAAUAAUGACAAAGGUGAAAGAAGCAGAAGCAGCAUAAGGCGAGGCAUGGAGGCCUUGUUGAUUUCUGAACCCAAAAAGACUGCUGAAGAACUUGAGGAGCUGGGGAUGACCAUGGAGGACUACGUAGUGCUGGCUGAUAUACCGAAGAUUCAGGUGGAGUCAGAAGAAGAGUUUCCAGGACUGAGAUGGCGAAACCAGAGCCCAAGUCCAUGCAGGGACCAGAAAGUCAGGACAUACAGGUAUCAAGAUCAAACAGAUACACACAGUUCAAGGCUUGAGUCAGAGGAGAGGGGAAGGGGCAGAGAGAGAGGGAGAGACAGACGGGAAAAAUCCCGGGACUCUGAGUUUGGCCGAUCAUCUCGGAGACAGUCAACAGCUUCUCUUCAUACACAGGCCUCAGGUGAUCGAAAUGGAAAGCACAGAUCUUUAAGGGAGAAGGAACGAGGUCCUGCUGAGCUUCCACCGACACAGGGGUGGAUGUCCAGACUGGAUGAACAAGGCAAGUGGAUAAAGCACUGGUUUGUUCUUGGUGAUACUUCGCUGAGGUACUACAGAGACUCAGAGGCUGAGGAGUCAGAUGAUUUGGAUGGAGAGAUUGAUCUGACAUCCUGUGUGUGUGUGUCAGACUGCAACGUUGAGAAGAACUAUGGUCUGCAAAUACAAACAAAAACAGCAGUGUUCACUCUUUCUGCCAUAACAUCCAGAAUUCGGCGAAACUGGGUGAAAUUAUUGAAGCUGGCUAUUCAGAACAACACACACCAAUCAGACUCCAGCAGCGAGAAAGAGAACCUCCUCUCCCAGAGACUGUCGUCAUGCCAACCGCCUGCUCGGCUCACCUGCAAGGACUCCGGUUAUGAACCUGCCACUUCCACCUACACAGCUGCAGCUGCAAACUCCAAGCAGGAAGACCACAGCCACCAAACAGUAGACGGAGAUCUGGAUGCGGACUUGUCUCCACCCAGUCAGAGAGAAGAAGGGGAGGGCUGGGACCGUGAGCAAGCAAAGCGACUGGAGGAGAGGAACAAGUGGUUUGAGGAGGGGGUUCCUCUCAGUGAGAUGGGUAGCAGAUGGGACUCCAUGGAGCUGAAAAAGGGGAACAUUCCUGUGCCCGUUCUUGAAACGCUGGACAUUGAGGUCAACAGGAAAUGGACAGAAUUUGAGACUUUGUCUUUUAGGGACAUGAGUGCACAGUCUCUCAUUGGAGCCCAGGGUUAUCAGGCAGACACCACACAGGUGUCAGAGCCACUAGCUAAUUCCCAAAAUUAUCAUUCAAACCUUGAAUAUGCUGAACAGUCUGUCACUGAUUCACAAACUUGUAUGUCCAAUUCAAAGGAGGCUCUUCAAUCAAUAAAUGAUACCCAAACCUUCCAAACUACUACAGCUGAUACUCUUCAGAAAGAGGCCAUCUUCCUCCGAAAGCAGGUUGACGGCAUCAAGAAGGAGCGUGCAGCCAUGGGAAUAGAGGUGUAUAGUCCCUGUGGCCCCAGGGCCCCUUGUAAGGACAGGCUUGAAGCCAUGGAGGUAUCUCAUAGAAAAGCACUGCAAGAGCUGCAGGAGAAACAUGCCAGGGAGAUAAAGGAACUGGAGGAGAAGAGUGACCGGAUGCUGCAGGAAGAGCGCCAUGCAGCUGCUAAGGCAAUGGAGGCACUUAAAGCAGCCCACAGAGAGGAGCUGGAGAAAGAGGUGGAGAAGGCCAGGAGUCUCUGUGAAGGAGUUGCACGCAUGGAUUCUUCAUAUAUAGGACAAAUGCCUCAAGCAGACAUCUUGCACAGCGAGUUAAAUGUGUUGUCAGAGCACUACUCUCAGAAAUGCCUGGAGCUGAGCCGCACUGAGCAGAGCAGCAAGAGCCGAGAGACUGAGCUGGAUCGCAAACAGAGGGAGAUGGAGAGGCUCCAAAGAGAAAACCAGGAGCUUAAGAACAAACUGGCUGAAGAGAUCAGUCGAAUGCGUUAUUUCAUCACAGGUCAGAGGUCAGACGUGGUCUCCCUUGGCAACACUGAGAGCACAUCAUCAGAUUUAGAGACACUGCUAAGGGCAAAGGAAAACGAAGUUCAGUAUCUUAAAAAGGAAGUCAGCUGUCUUCAAAAUGAAGUGGAAGCUCUCACCAAGGAAAAAGAAGAAGCUUACAAACGUUAUCAAGAGGCCUAUGUAAAGCUGAGUGACACAAGGGGUCGAAGUCAGUUGGAGAUGGGUUCCCUCAACGAACACUUGAGACUGGCCAAUGCUGCACUUCAGGAAGGAGCACAACAAACUUGACUAACGAGGGCAACAUUUAAAAUUUUCCUAGAAGGCAUUAACUAAAUGUAUUAAUACUGUUAUGACAUGACAAUAACAUGAUGCCAUGAUUGGACUGUUAAAAUUGAAUAACAACGUUUUUCAGUGUG